UCCCCGGGGCUGCGGAGAGUAACCUCCCAGCGCGCCAGGGGAACGAAGCCACUGCCCGAAGGGUGGGGACCCUGACGGCUGAGAGCCCAGCCCCUGCAAUCCCCUUGCGCUGGGGCUGGGCGGAGAGGAGGCGUCUUGGCGGGCGGGCGGGCAGGCUGCCCCUGCAAACACCUCCCCGCCACGUCAUUGCCGGGAACUGGAGACCAGCUGCUCCGGCUAAUGCUGCUGCCUGCCCGCCGGCUAGUCCACAGGCCCGGGGGCUGGAGCGCGCCGGGGGACCCAAUCCACGCACGGCAGCGGCUGUCUCGCCACCCCACGCCGCUGGUUCAAUGGAUUUAACAAGUCAACCAUGUUCCUUAAAAGAUGACUCUAUUAAUCUGAAAGUUACUGACCAUUCUGGCACACAGAUAGAUGACGUUGACAAUCUUAAAGAAGAACUAGAAAAAUGGAAGGGAAGGCUUGGAAAAGCUGAAAAACAAAAAGAUGAUCUCCUUCUUUUGAAACUAAGUGCUGAUCAAGAGAGAGUUCAGGCACAAGAUGAGCUGAAAAAGCUAAUGGAUUUAGAAGAGGAGCAAUAUAAGGAGAACAUGAUAAAAAAGGAAAACCAGGAGAGAAAUCUUGCUGUAGUAAAGCAACAAAAUAUUGAGCUGCAGAAGGAGAUUCAGAAGCUCAAAGAUGACCUUGCAGCAAAGAGUUCAAAGCUUUCACAGGAUUUUCGGAUUAAAAGAGAGAUACCGAAAAAGAAAAUGAAGUUUACUAGGAUGGAAAAUGCUGAGAGUGACGACACAGUUUUGAAUACUUGCUGCCUUUUUCACAUAGCUGCAAAAAUUCCAUUCAGAUUGCAGCAAAGACAAGCUCUUCUCACUUUUGAAGAGGAGGAUGUUGCCCAGAAACUGAUAAGAAGAGGUAAGCAUACUGUGAGCCUGGAUAAUGGAAAGAUAGAGUUGAAAGCAGUGCCGGUUACGCUAGAAACAGGAGUCAAAUUUGAGCUCCAUGUAACAAUUUCUGGAGAGAAGAUUAAUGUUUCUGAAGUACCAGAUCUACCGAUACCUGAUGAAUGGAUCAGAGACAAAAUAGAACUGAAUUUCUACAAAUCCAAACGAGGAGGAGGAGAAGUAAAGGAUGUGAGAUAUGACAGAAGGUCUCGCACAGCCAUGAUUACGUUCCUCAAACCUGGAGUUGCUGACAACUGUGUGAGAUGUACAAAGCACCCUUUCUACAUAAAUGAAAAGCGCUUUAUGCUUUCUGUUUCCCCAAGCAUAGAAAAGCAUUUGGAAAAAUAUCAGAUGUUUUCUGGGAUUUCCAAGAGGACCAUACUGCUCUCAGGAAUGGAAGAGGUUGAGGAGGAUGAGGAGAGCAUGCAGGACAUGAUUGAAAUUCAUUUUCAGAAGCCUAGCAAUGGCGGCGGGGAAAUUGAGAACAUCAAAUAUGUAGCAACAGAAACCAAAGUAGCCUAUUUUGAGGAAGAUACUGAGAAUGUGUCAUGAAGCGUUCCAGCUGGGACUUCCACUUUGCCCAGUGUGACAUAGUAUAAUCGAAAAUGUUGCAGACUUUUAGUUUUUUUAAUAUCUGUGCUUUUUAAUCUUCAAAAUUUACACUUGAA